AUGGAGGAUAAAAAAUUUAUAAAUAAGUUAGAGUCGCUUUUCCAUCAACAUUCCUAUCAUAAUUCAAACGAUGAUGCAGAUAGAGAUAAAUAUGAUAAAGAUCUUAAGAACUCUUCAAAUAGAUUAAAUUCUGAUGAUGAAGGAUCUGAUAUUGAAUAGUCAUCAGCUUCUAAAUAUAAGGACUUAGAAAAUGGUUUCCCAAGAGAUAAAAGCAAUAGCGAUGUUCUAUAUAAUAAUGAUAAAGAUAGACUUUCAAGUUUUAUAAAUCCUUUAAGAAGAGUAAAAAAGAUGAAAAAUGUGUUCUACGUAAGAAUCAAAUAUAUACGUCAUGGUUACAGAGCACAUAGAUCAUUAAGUGCUUGUAAUUGCACUGCUUCUCUUUUUAUGCUACAUAAUGAAACUUUUAAUGUUUGGACACAUUUAGCAGGAGGAAUUUAUUUUAUGUAUCAAGUCUAUUUAGUAUUGUAAAACGAAGGAGUUUAUUAAGAUUUGAAAGAGAGUUUUAAUAAGGCAGUACUUCUCGCUGGAUUGUUUUCUUGCAUUUUUUCUAUGAUGAGUAGCGCUAUUUACCAUUUAUAUAACUCUAUUAGCAGAAACGUCUAUCUAACCUUAUUGAAAAUUGACUUAAUGGGUAUCGGAAUCAUGAUUUUCGGUUUAGCAAUAUGCUUAAUUUUCACUGGAUUUCAUAAUUAUUCAAAUAUUGGAGGCUCUCUAACUUAUCUAAUGAUAUUCCUAAUGCUUUUUAACUUUGUAAUGCAAUGCACUCCUUGUUAUAUGCAAGACAGCUUUGAAAAAUUUAGGAUAUUAUUUUUUAGUGUACUAGUUACACUUCUACUAGGAGUAGCUCUUUCAUGGGCAGCAAUAUAUUCAACAUAGAUUGAAAUUUAGAUGAUGUUUUGGAGGCUAAUGUAAGCCUUUGGAUAUCUAGGAGCAGGAUUUUUCUUUUACAUUACCAAAUAUCCUGAGAGAUUGACAAGCAACUAUUAUGUUUAAAUGUUUGGACAGGCUCAUAUUUGGUGGCAUAUUCUGGUAUUUUUGAAUGGUUAUACUAAUUAUUGGCUUUUGUUUGAUUCUUUGAAACAUCUUGAAAAUUAUCCUAAUGGUUCAGAAUUACAAAUAAUUGAGUAAGGUCUUUUAUGA